AUGGAGCUACUGUCCACUAUUUACGAAUGGCUGUCAUGUGUAGCAACGCGAAAAGCAGAACCGAAGGUGCGCAGCCACAUUGAAGCGAUAUGUGCCGCGCAUGCGGAGUACCAGGCCAGCUGCCCACUUCCAGACAAUUAUCCUCCACACUUUGCCUCAUCCGACGGACGCCUCAUUUCGGACGCCUCAUUUUAUCUCCAUUAA